AUGAGUGACCAAAGUUAUGAUGCCGGGUUCACAUUCGAACUCUAUCGCUACACGCCUUCUAUUCCUGCAGCGGUUGUCUUUGCGGUUGUCUUCUUUAUAGUGGCAGUCGUUCAAUUCGUUUUGAUUAUCAGACGUCGCACAUACUUCUUCAUACCCUUUUUCGUGGGUCUUCUUCUCGAGUGUGCGGGAUAUAUCGCGCGCAUCUUCUCACACUUUGAUACCCUUGCCCUCGGUCCGUAUAUUGUGCAAACAAUGUUGAUCCUGGUCGCACCGCCACUUUUUGCUGCCUCGAUUUAUAUGACACUUGGACGAGUCGUUGUCAAGUUGAAUGCCGAGGAACUAUCUAUGGUACCGGUUCGGUACCUGACAAAGAUCUUUGUGGUGGGAGAUGUCAUCUCCUUUUUGCUACAGGUUGCAGGCGGUGGCUAUAUGGCAGCUGGAACUUUAUCUGCGAUGGAUGUCGGUGCGAAAGUCGUGAUCGGUGGACUCGCAGUCCAACUUCUCUUCUUUGGAUUCUUUGUCAUCGUCGCCGCUAUAUUCCACUGGCGCGUGAAAAAGAACGAGCAGUUUAUUGAUGCUAGACCACAUUCCUAUUCAUCAACUGUGGGCUCAUCCACCGUUGACACUAAGCUGACAUGGGAAGGUCUGAUGUGGGGCCUUUACAUCGCGUGUCUGCUUAUUCUCAUGCGAUCAAUCUUCCGUGUUGUUGAAUUUGUGGAGGGUAAUGAUGGAUUCAUCAUGCGCACGGAAUAUCUUCUGUACAUCUUUGACGCCUGUCUCAUGGCAUUGGCAGCAAUCGUGAUGACUGUAUUGUUCCCCGGCUUUCUUCUGAGAGGUGACAAACUGGAAAGGCCAAGCAAAGCUCAAUCGGUAUCUAGCGGAGAAAGUCUUUCUCAGCCGAAGACAGAGAGCGCUUGA